GGAACAGCUGUUGUUAGUUAGUUAUUUUGAAGUGGAGGUUACCAAAAUGAGUCAAGGAAAACAAAUUAAGAAGUGCAGACAAAAUUUUAAUGUAUAUAUUCCUCCUCCUGCACGUAAGGCUGAAAAUCUUUCACAAGUUACGAAAAAGGAGGAAUUAAAAGAUAAAAAAGAUGUUAAGGUUAGAACUGAAGAGAAAGAAAUAGUCAACAGACAGAAAUAUUCCACAGAAAUGAAAAUGUGUGGUUCCCACAGCUGUAAUUCAUCACCAUUAAAAGGAAGUGUUAAAGAAAGUGCAACGAAUUAUGUUAAAAGUAAUUGUUCAAAUGAUCUCUCUGUUACUUUGAACUUAAGUAAGUUAAGUGUAGCUUGUGAUGACCAGAAACUUAAAGAAAAAAAUUGCCAAAGUAAUAAUUCUGCAUUAAGUAGAAUUGAAACUCUAAAAGACAGUGAUUGCCUUCGUACUUCUAAUGUAUUAAACAGUAAAAAUGAUAUUUCUGUCAAGCAGAGCACAGUAAAGGCUGACCUUCACAAAUCUACUUUUAAUACUCCUCAAGAGACUGAAGAAAAAACUCCUGUAUCACUAAAUGAGCAAUCGAAUGACACAUCUAACUCUGAAGAAGAAAAUCGGAUAUUCAGAAGUCUAUGGGUAAAAUUAUGUGAGACUGAAAAUUUGGAAUCUAAAAAUACCAAAACUCUGUGUACACCCAAAGGAAAUGAGGUAUAUGGAGCAACAGAAAUUAAUGAAAACUGUAUUUUAGAAAUAUAUGAUUUUCCUGCAGAAUUCAAAACUUCUGAUUUGCGUGAAAUAUUUUCAUCAUAUAUUGCAAGAGGGAUGAGGAUAAGAUGGGUUGAUGACACCCAUGCAUUAGGAAUAUACCCUUCUGAAAUAAUUGCGUAUGAGGUAUUGAAUACAGAUUUGCCUUUUCUAAAAACUAGGAUUUUAAAUGAAGGUAUACCACAGUCCAAAGACAAAGCUAAAUUGCUAUUGCCUCCACCACCUCCUCCAAGGCCGAAAACAUGCUCAGCUUCAGCUCGAAGGAUGGUCUCAGGUGCUUUAGGUAUUAAAGCAGUUUUUACUCAAGCAGAAAUUGACGAAGAAAAGCAUUUAUUGCAAGCAGCAAGACAACAAAGACUUUUGCAAAAGCAAAAAGGGCUGAAAGGUUCUUAAUGAUUUUAAUUUUCAAGUUUACAAAGUUUAAAAGUUUUAUGUGUUCACUUGUCAAAUUAUUCAAUGACAAAUUUUUUAUACCUAAAACAAUGUUACCAAAAUGUGUGAUAUUACAAUGUUUUCCUAUGGAAAGCUCUAUUUAUGAUCUGUUAAAUGUGAGUAUGUACUCAUAUUAUUUUAAUAAAUUUUGUUUUGUUUUUUAAUA